AUGUCGCAAAGACUAAGCUUCGCCCAGCUCGAGCAGGCUGCUCUUCACAUCAUCCGUCUCAUUGCAGACAUUCCCGGCCUCGAGAACACUCGUCUUGCUAUUAUUGGGGAUUUGGCCGUCAACAAAUACUUGUCCCGACGAGAUAGAGUAACAAGCAUCGACUUGGUCAUCAGCAAGUCCUCCUCGCCAGGUCGCGUCAAGAAAGAAAUUGUCGGCCAUCCCAUCACUCCUCUCGUCGAAAAGUCCGGCGUCGUUCUUUACCGCCACACAACCGGCUGGGAGAUUGAGGUCAAGCUCAUUCCCGACUGGCUCAGCCCUUACCUCCCCGAAGCCGCCAAGCGCGUUCGCGAUGUCAAGGGCGAGGCUACCCUGCCUUACACGUCCCUCGAGGACUUGAUCAUCUUCAAGAUGGACGCCUGCGGCCUGCACGAGAACGAUAUGAGCAAGCGACGCGAUGCUUGCGACGCAGCCGCCCUGCUGGAUCUAGCUUCCGAGCAUGGUGCACUGACUCUCGAUGAGGACAAGACGGAGCGCGCAGAGGAAGCCCUGGCUGAUAUGGUCGAGUUUUCGGAUGAGAAGGAUAAGGGUUGGUGGCAGCGUUGCCUGGGAAUGGUAAACAACAAGCCUCGCACACCCCAAGAAAUCCUCUCCGACAUCGCCGAGCGACCCCAGACCGCCUCGUCGAGAUCAUCUGUCUACUCCUCCAUCUCUCGCGCGUCCUCGUACACCAGUAACGCAUCCACUCACUCCUCCGCCUCCUCCAUCUCCUCCACCAGCGCCGACGACAAAUCACCCAAGUCACCCAUCGCCGAGAAGAAUGGUCGCCCUCGCAAGAUGAGCGUCACCAAGAAGCCCUCCCGCCAUAAGCGCCACACCUCCAUCGGCGCAUCCACCUCGGUCAGCGCUCUCGACGCGCACAUGCACCGCCUUGAGCUGGACCGACCUGCUUCACCUGGCAUCUCCCUCACGAACCGUAUCUAA